AUGUUGCAAAAGGAGAAAAAAAAAUCAUCACCGCAUUUUCCUUUUGAACAGGUUUACCCAAUGAUCUUGCUCGCGUUUCUUACGCUUCUACUGCUAACCACCAGCUCGUUUGCUCCCUUGUUAGUUGCGUCACAUAAACUUGUUCCGGGCCUACAAUCUGAGAUUAAUGAAUCAAAUCUCAGGCCGCACAAUGUCACGUCAGUGACGAAUAUGUUGAAAAAGCUAAUAACCCAGUGUUCAUCUGAUGCAUAUGUAAUUGUCGACCAACCGGGGCUCACUUAUGAAGAUUUAACCGACAAAAAGAGAGAAAAUUGGCCAUUUUUGAUCAACUACUUGUACAUGUCCUCGACGAUUGUAGGGUUGCCACGCAUUGAACCUGGUUUAGACUUGGAUUUUAUUGAAAACUACAUAAUAAACACAUGUGAUGCAGAGACAAUUAAUGUUUGGCAUGAUGACGAUAAUGAAGUUACAGAUUACUUUGAUGUCAGGACCAGAGUCAUCAAAAUUACUCUAAGUCCCAUCACUGGAGACCGUGGUGGGCAUUUACGUGAGCACGAUGACUUGAUUAGGAAGAUCUUGCGUAAGCUUCCUUCGCCACACUACACAAUCAUCAUGACAAGUACAAACCCAGGACUGUUUCAUCCAAUACCAGAUUUCAUAAUGAGUGAACGUCCCAAUGAUUUUGAAAUUUUCAAUGAUAUAGUAAACAACCCAAAACAUAAUGGAGGGGUUGAAAAGAAUGAUCGAUUUCACAAGGUGAGUCCAAAUUGGAAUCCGGCAAGGAAUACCAACGACCGUUACCUUGCAAAUAAGAAAAAAGACGAGAUCCAUUUAUUCGACUACAAACUAUGGGAAAAGAAUGAAAAACUUGUAGCCACGGUUUUGGUGAUGAUUUUGAGUUUAUUCAUGUUUAAGACACUAUCUGUCAUUCAAUCCAUUAAGCAAAAGUUUAAGGCGCCACAACAAAUACCAACAAGCAAAAAAACCAACUAA